AUGAUUGAUCUAUACAAUUUUAAAUUAUUUUAUUUAGAUAAAAUAAAUAAUUUAAUAUUUAGAUUAAAAUUUAAAAAUGAAGAUGAACAAAAUGGAAAAAUUGAACAAAUUACAGAAUUACUUGCUGCAAAAAGUAAAGAAAAAUGUGGGGGAAAAUGGGAAUUUAAUGGAGAAAUUCAUUUCCGUCCAUUAGAAGCAAAAAAAUUCUUUAACAACAUUUUAAAUUUGGCAAGAGAUGUAGAAGAAAAUAAAAAUUCAGAAAACGAUUUCUUGCAAAUAAUUAAAAGAAAUAAAUGGUAUUCUGAAUUUUUAGAUUCUGCUGAUGUAAAAAUAGAGGGAGAGAAACAAAAUAUACAAAUGUUUAUGACUAAAUUUAGAGGAAUUAUUUAUGAUUUUAAAUGGGAAUUAAUUUGGAGUUUUAAAAAAAGGUCAAGCAUUUAUGUUCACAACGCUGAAGGAUCCGCUAACAAAAUUUGUGAUCUUCUAUUAUUUCGUUUAUUACUCGAAUUUUUAAAUUCAAUGACUAAGAAUGAAAAUUUCCUCAAAUUCUUUUAUUCAAGUACUGAAAUAGAUUAUCUGGAGACAAAGAAAGGGGAAAAUAUUAAACUUGCUUAUAUUUUAAUUAAAUUAUUUAACGAAUAUAAUAAGAAACCUGAGGAAUUUUAUAAUUUAGAAUUAAAUGAAAAGUAUUCGGAAAAUACAAAGAAAAUGAUAACAAGAAAAGUUGAGGAAUUUAUAGAAAAUUAUAUUGAUGGAGAAUUGAAUGUUGUUGUUGAUCGUUUGAAAAGAAAUUAGAAAGAAUAUUUUAU